AUGCAGCUCAGGUAUAGGCAGCUUUUCCGGUACGGUGAUGGUGCCUGGCCCGAGCCCAUGAGUCCUGACCUUGCUCGCUUGGCCUCUCACCAUGACCUGCGAGCGGUCGGAAACACUCCCGGUCCAAGGAGUCUCAUCUCAUCCGUGCGACCCAUUGUGGCCGUUCUACCAUAUGGAAAGUUGCCAUUCUCCAACUGGUUUUUCUCAACUGGUCCUAACUUUUGGAUUACUGAGAAACAUAACAUAUUUGCAAGGGCGGGUCAAGAUGUAGCUUCCGGGCUUUCCCUUGAUUAUUUCGGCGUGGUAAUCUUGGUAGCCGACGCAGACGUUGCGCAGGAAGUUCUCGGAAAUAGAUACAGAUUCUAUAAGCCUAUAGAUCUCUAUGGGGUUUUGGACCUUUUUGGGCGCAAUGUCCUCACCACCGAAUUCGACGAUUGGAGGACACAUCGCAGGAUAGCAUCACCCGCCUUCUCUGAGGAGCUGUUCAAUUUAUGGAACGGGCAAAGCUCCGUGACAUUUGAAAAUGUUACCGAUCUAUUCGUACAGAGCUUCAAAGAAACCAUGGAGAUUGUUUCGAGCGAUCUGUUCAUGAAGAUCGCGGUGCCAGAAUCUCUGAUGUCCAUGACUAAACGCACGGCCCGCGUUCAGCUGGCGUUCGAGGAACUUAUGCGUUUUAUGCAAGAAAUGAUGAAUGAGAGAGCAAAGAACUAUCAUGAUCACAGCGACCUCUUCAGCAAUCUGAUGGCUGCUAAUGCAAAGAAUAACGAAGGCCUCAGCUUGACAGACCAAGAGGUGAUCGCCGGACAUGAAACAACUGCACACUCUUUGGCCUUUUCGAUGGGACUGCUUGCUAUGUACCCUGAAGUCCAAGAAAAGCUAUACAAUCAUGUU